AUGACCGAGAGUAGCACGCUUUACUGCCCCAAAUGUGGGUUUCCCACCGAAUAUUGUGAAUAUUCAAGUGUUUGUAAUGGCCAGAAAAAAGAGGCUCCAAUUAAGGAAGAAGUCAAGAUAGUAGUUACUACUAAACGAGUAUCAGGGAAUAAGAAGGUUACACUCGUACGUAAUCUCCAUUUAUUGAUUGGUAGUGCUGGUUUGAAAGAGAUAGCUAAAAAAUGCUCUAAAACCAUUGCAUGUGGCUCAAGUAUUAUUAAGAACGGCAAUGGCACAGAAGAUAUUACUAUUCAGACUUCAGAAGAUCUUAAGGUUAUUGCUAUUUUGAUUAAGAAUGGGAUUCCUAAAGAAAGAAUUGAGCGACUAACCAAAGCCUAG